AUGGUUAGUCAAAUGAACAUCGGAAGAUCUAAAAUUGACCGUAUCCUCCUAUCGAUUUUUUGUAUUACAAUAUUACUAGGACCAAAGCUUAUUCAUGAUAACUUGUGGAGAGUCAAGACAUCCGAUGUCAGAUUAGGAUCCUAUUCUGAAGAUAACUCAACUGUUGUGAAAAUUAUUUCCGAUGGUGAGUUCAGAAACCAGUCAGCUAAGAAGUUAUCUGAGGCUGUGCAAAUUAAAACUGAUGUUUAUGAUAAGAGCCCCCCAAUGAGCACUAAUAAUACAUACUGGGAAGAUAAGUUCAGGCCUUUCCAUGAAUAUUUAAAAUCAACAUUUCCCAUAGUGUGGGAUGAUUUUGAGAUAGAAUUUAUUAACAAAUGGGGUUUGGUACUUACUUGGAAGGGUUCGCAAGAGGAACUUAAACCGAUAUUGUUGACUGCUCAUCAAGAUGUAGUUCCUAUCCAAGAUGCUUCUUUGGAUGAAUGGACAUAUCCUCCCUACAGUGGAUAUUAUGACGGUGAGUACUUAUGGGGACGAGGAUCUGCAGACUGUAAGAAUCUUUUAAUUGGACUUCUAGAAUCAGCCGAGGAAUUAUUAAAUAAUGGUUUUGUCCCCAAAAGAACAAUCGUAUAUGGAUUUGGAUUUGAUGAAGAGAUUGGUGGUAGCAGAGGUGCUUUUUUCAUAAAUGAUUUUCUAUUGAAGAGAUACGGAGAGAACUCAUUUUAUGCUAUUAUUGACGAGGGUGGGCAAGGUCUCACAGAAGAAAAUGGUGUACUCCUUGCGUUGCCAGGAACACGUGAAAAGGGCUCUCUUGACCUACUGAUUGAACUAUAUGGCCCAGGUGGUCACUCGUCAAUGCCCCCGGAUAAGACCUUGAUUGGAAUCGUAGCUGAGUUGAUUGAAAGUUUAGAAAACGAUCCAUUUGAAGGUAUUUUCUCUCCGGAAAACCCAACCUUUCAUGAGUACCAAUGCAUAGCGAUACAUUCCCCAACCUUGAAUAAGAACAUAAAAGAAGCGAUUUUGAGAGCUUCAAAAGAUAAAUUUGCGAAUAAGGAGGCUAUUCGAUUUUUGUCGAACAAAUCGUCGCUAAGCAGAUAUCUUAUCACCACCUCUCAAGCAAUCGACAUAAUUACAGGUGGAGAGAAGGCUAACGCACUUCCUGAGCAUGUGGAAUUUGUGAUAAACAAUAGAAUUGCUGUGGAGAGCUCAGUAAAUUACACCAUAAACUCCACCUUGCAACAUAUCCAAAGCGUUGCUAGUCGAUUCAACCUAGGAAUUGAACUUGACGGAAUUGUAAUCAAGAACAAGACUAAAAAUGGUUAUUUCCAUGUUCAUAAGAAGUCAUACUUAGAACCAGCUCCAAUUACGCCCUCCAAUGACAAAACUUGGAGCCUAUUGGCUGGAUCUAUUAGACAUGUCUAUGAGGAUAUAGCUUUUGCUGACCCUAGUUCUGCUUAUCACGACAGGAUCGUUAUUGUUGCUCCAGGGAUAGCAACAGGCAACACAGAUACACAACACUAUUGGAAGCUAACUGAUCAUAUCUUUAGGUACAGACCGGGAGCUGGCCAAACAGUUGAAACUCAUGCUCAUGGAGUCAAUGAGAAAAUCUCAAUGGAUUCUCAUUUGCAACUUGUUGCCUUCUACUAUGAGUAUUUACAACUCAUCAACGAGAAUGCGCAUGACUGA